CUACCAUUUUGAACUACUACUACGGCUAUCAUAAAUGACAGCUGAGUACUUAAAUUUUUGUAUCGUUUUGAACUAUGAUCACACGCGCUUCAUAUUAAGUUUCGAGAUUCUGUAACAACCUUAGGAAACGUGAAUUGUAUUAUCGAUAUGUCGAAUCAGAAUUUACGUAUGAAAAUAUUAUAAAUCUUAUUUAUAAUUACGUAUCUUUAAUUUAAUUAUUAUAAUCACAGAUAUAAUUAAUUGAAGUUGUUCUUGACAAAACAGGUUUAUUAAUACUUGGUGCUUUAUUUUAAUAACAUUUUUAUUAAAAUUUCUAACGUAAAGAAUAAAAUGGAAAAUUAAAAUGAAAAUAUCAUCAAAGUAAACCAAUGAAUAUUAAUGAAGUAACGAAGCGAAUUUAUAAAUGUCUCUGUUUUCUUUUCAUGUUAGUGGUAAAUUACCGGCGUAAUAGAUCUGUCGAUAAAGUAUUAUCUAUGUACAUAAUUCCUCCUGUAAUUGCGUUAAUAAAUUUUGGGUAUUAAUCGUAACCACCUUAAAAUUAAAUCCAUAAUAUUUAGAUUGAAUUUAUGGCAUUGAACAAUUUAAUAAUGCCUCUUUUAAUUAUUUAUAUGUUUAAUUAAGAUCCAAUCGAUUACUAGUUUGGUUGCAAUCAUGAAAGUAGUAGUGCAUCAUACUUUUAUAUUGUUCGCGAUUUAGUUUUCUUAGUAAGGCUUCAAGAGUAAACUGCAACGGAUUGUGACAUGUUAAUCGGGAAUCGAAAAGAAUUAUCAAUUGAAAUAAAAUAAUCAUGGCUGAUUCAUCUUAUGAAAAAGGACUGACGGAACUUUCGAAAAUGAAGGUUGCAGAUUUGAAGAUUGAAUUGAAACAAAGAGGACUUCCCACCAGUGGUAAUAAAACUGAAUUGGUCGAAAGACUUCAGUUAGCAAUUCAUGACUCUGCAUUAUCCUUGGAUGAAACAGCAGAAGAGAUUUUAGAUGAAGAUGCAGUCCUUGGUGACGACGAAAUAGAAGAAUUAUCAAGUAAACCAGAUUCUCAAGAAGUUAGUGAUAAAAGAAAAUUAUCCACAGAGAGUAAUGUGAGUGCAAAAAAAAUAGUUCUAAACCGUAAACCAGUGAUUGAAGAAACUAAGAAUGAAUCGACAGAAAAAAUUGAAACUGACAUGAAAUCAACUGAGACUGCACCACCAGAAAGAAAAAUUAUUAAAUUAUCAGAGCUUGGUAUCAAAGAGAGAUUAGAAAUGAGAGCUAAAAAAUUUGGAAUGCCGCUGUCAGAAGCUGCUAAAAAGGAAGCCAGAUCUGCCAGAUUCAGUAUUAAUAAUCAAAACAAUAAGUCUGCUGCUUCUGUAAAAACACCUGUGCAUACAACAUACGAAGUUUUAAAAAAACGGGCUGAAAGGUUUGGCAUGUCUGUAUCUACUUUAAUGGAGAAGGCCGAGUUGGAAGCCAGAAUAGAAAAAAGAAAAAUUAGAUUUGGCGAAGUGACAUCGACUAAUGAUAAAGUACUUCAAAAUAAAGUUAAGAUUGUUAAAUGAUAUUCAGUGUUAUAUACCAAAACAGCAUCUUAGAUUGCAAAUCUUAUUCUAAGUUUUCUUAUUUUCAGUACAAUCUACAAUUAUUGUAUGCAUAAUAAAAGAUCAUCGUAUUUGUUAUAAAAUACUUUGCACAAUGAAUAUUAAAGAUUUCUCUUUUGUUACGUUAACUAUUGGAAGCGCGUUUCACGUCUUGCAGGAAAUAGUGUAAAUACACUCGAUACUUAUUUAAAUUUUCUUAAAACAUUAGAUGUAACAAAAAGAUAUUACAUUCAGUAUUACAACACUGUUGCUUCUGAUUCAUAACACAUCUCUUAACUUUGUUUUCACAUUAUUAAGUCUACUUCCAAUCUCCAUAUAGGAAUAAAUAGUCCGCUUGCGAAACAAUGUAUAUUCGUUAUAUCAAAGUUUUAUAUUGGUACAAAUUCGAAGAAUGAAAUAAAUGAAAUUUCAUGUUAACACAGGAAGAAGUCGAACUGCUUGGUCGAAAGAGAAAAAGUAUUCUACGAGAUUACUUCAAUAUAUUGAAUUUUAUUAUAAAAUGUUUGUAUUUAGGCUACAACAUGUAAUAUAAUAAUUGCGUUUGGUCUAGACCCUUACGAAAAGAAAAGCUAAACUGCACCACAUUUACAGUUGUCCCAACGAGACACUUUCGUCAAGUUUACGUUUCAAGGAAACAUUCGUAAAUGUUUUCUCUGUUUUUAGUUACGCAUUCAAAAGGUACACGCGUCAAUUUCUUAUCCAUUGCCGAGAGAUAAUCACUGUAUUAUUAUAUCACGCAACGUGUUCUGUAAGAAAUAUACGAACAUACAUAUGUA